CUCUUUAUCCUGGUUUGUUACGACCCUUCAUGUCUCGAUCAGGAACCACUCUCUAUGUCACUGGCUUCGGCCAUGGCACCCGCGCUCGCGACCUUGCCUACGAAUUCGAACGCUACGGCCGUCUGGUUCGUUGUGACAUUCCAGCGCCGCGUACUCAAUCGAGUCGUCUGUUCGCCUUUGUCGAAUAUGAGAGCCGCCGGGACGCGGAUGACGCCUACCAUGAGAUGCAUAACAAGCGCAUCGGACGGGACGAUCUACUGAAAAUUGAAUGGGCUCGUACUCCGCCUUCCGCGUCGUGGCGAUUCGAUUCCGGUCGUGAAUCUGGUCGUGAAUCUGGCCGUGACCGCCGCCGUUCACCUCGCCGUGGUCGCUCCGUCUCGCCGCGCCGCCCUCGUGACUACUCUCCCCGACGGGACGAUCGGUACGAGCGGGACUACGAACGUCGCGACGACCGAGACUACGAACGCCGGGACCGCGACCAUGAUCGUCGUGACCGGGACCAUGACCGCCGAGACCGGGACCGCGAGCGCUCCCGUGACCGUUCCCGCACUCCUGACGACCGGGAUCGUGAUGCUAAGGAUGAUCGGGAAAGACGCGAUGACGACCGUGAGAGACGCGACGACGAUCGCGAGCGCCGUGACGAUGAGCGUGAGAAUAUCACGAACGGCGAAGACAGGAAAGUACCCCUGGACCCUGUGCCCUCUGCUCAUGACGAGCUUGAUACUGCUGAGUAGAUCAACUCCAGUGCAAUGUCCAGUCGAGCCGUGUCCUUGCCCAUCCCAAAAAAAACCUCGCCGACCGAUCCGCAUUCCACACGAGGUGCCGUUGUCUACGGCUCUCUGAAAAAGGAC